GGGGGAUCCCGAUGGCCGGGGCCGUGGCGGCGUUUAACCUGCUGCAGACAGAGGGGGCGGGCGGAGCGCUGCCAGCCGAAGACGGGCGCUCGCUCGGGGUGAGGGAACCCGCCCCUUGCUCAGCAGAAGCAGGAGCCGGCAGCCGGGGCGUCCCCUCUUCUGCCAGCCUCCUGCCUGCCCUUUUCGCCCCGCAGCCACGAUGCCGGCCAGUCCGGGGGGCUCUGCGUCCUCUCGCCUGGUCUUGGCGCUGCUGGUUCUUCUGCCGCGGGUUCACAACCACCGGGCGAGCGGGCCCAGGUUUUUAAUAAGUGACCGUGACCGAGACCCUCAGUGUAACCUCCACUGCUCCAGAUCCCAGACCAAGCCCCUCUGUGCCUCAGAUGGCAGGACAUAUGAGUCAAUGUGUGACUACCAGAGAGCAAAAUGCAGGGACUCAAGUCUGAGUGUGGUUCAUCGAGGCAGAUGCAAAGAUACUGGUCAAAGCAAAUGUCGACUAGAAAGAGCCCAAGCACUGGACCAAGCAAAGAAGCCCCAGGAAGCAGUCUUCAUUCCAGAGUGCAGUGAGGAUGGGUCAUUUACCCAAGUACAGUGUCACACGUACACUGGGUAUUGCUGGUGCGUCACUCCAGAUGGCAAACCCAUCAGUGGUUCUUCAGUUCAAAACAAAACUCCUGUUUGUUCAGGUUCAGUAACUGACAAACCAUUAGGACAGGGUAAUUCUGGGAGAAAAGUUUCUUUUCGAUUCUUUUUAACCCUUAAUUCAGAUGAUGGUUCAAAGCCAACACCUACCAUGGAGACCCAACCUGUUUUUGAUGGAGAAGAGAUCACAGCUCCCACACUUUGGAUUAAACAUUUGGUCAUCAAAGAUUCCAAACUAAACAGUUCCAGUAUGAAAAAUUCAGAGAAAAUUAAUUCUUGUGAUCAAGAGAGGCAAAGUGCCUUGGAAGAGGCCAGACAGAACCCACGUGAAGGGAUUGUCAUACCUGAAUGUGCUCCUGGAGGGUUGUACAAGCCAGUGCAAUGCCAUCAGUCCACAGGAUAUUGCUGGUGUGUUCUGGUAGAUACAGGUCGUCCCUUACCUGGCACAUCCACAAGAUAUGAGACCCCUGUAUGUGAAAGUGAUGCCAGAUCAAAGAGUUCAGAAAUUGAUGACCCAUUCAAGGAUAGAGAACUUCCAGGCUGUCCAGAAGGGAAGAAAGUAGAAUUUAUUACCAGUUUACUGGAUGCUCUGACCACAGACAUGGUACAGGCCAUUAACUCAGCAGCACCUGCUGGAGGUGGGAGGUUUUCAGAGCCUGAUCCUAGCCACACAUUGGAGGAGCGGGUGGUGCAUUGGUACUUCAGUCAGCUGGAUAACAAUAGCAGCACUGACAUCAGCAAAAGGGAGAUGAAGCCAUUCAAGCGCUAUGUAAAGAAGAAAGCUAGCCCUAAGAAAUGCGCACGACGCUUCACAGACUAUUGUGACCUCAACAAGGACAAGUCUAUUUCACUACAGGAACUGAAGGGUUGCUUGGGUGUUGGCAAAGAAGGAGGCAGCAUUGGAACUUUUCCCCAUGGAAAAAGACCAGGUGUUAAUCCUUUCAUAGGACGUCUUGUCUAAGAGAUGAUGGGAAACCAUGACACAAACAAAUGGAUGCGCCAGCGCAAGGACAGGACACGCUGCCACCGGAAAAGACUUGUGUGGGACUGGCAACAUCCAAUGUAGCAAGAGUGGCCUCAACAAUAUUUGCACUUUUUUUUCAUAAUAAUUGAAGCGGGGUGGAGGUUGGUUUCUUUUAAUGCCAUAAUUUACUACCUUGGAGAAGAAAUUUUUUAAAAGGCCAACGUUACAUCUUGGGAAGUAAACUGAACAGCUACUGAUCAUUAAAAUGUUUGGGAUUGCUCGGACUCAACGAAAGAGAUGUUUAAUAUACUGUAUAUAAAUUUAUGUAAAUUGUACAGUGGUCUUGUGCUGACCUGUGUGUGACUGCUUUGUCUCUUAUGUGGUGCAAAGGAUGCUAUUAUUCAGAAACGCGUUGAUUUCUCAAUCAACUUUUCUUUCACAGCCAGCAUCUUUAUAAGUUCAGAAGCUGUGGUGGUUCACAAGCAUUCCUGCUCCCACUACAAAUGAAGACAUUUUGCCUGCUUUACUGAACAUCUGAUAACAUGGUUUGAUUACUGUAAUGCACACCAGAUUGGCCUGCCCUUGAAUACAAUUCAUAAAUAGCAGCAGGCUGAUUAUUGUCAGGGUUAGCCAAUGGGAGCUUAAUUUGGCCAUCUUAAAAAAAAUUACAUUGACUGCCAUUUUGUUUCCUAAUCCAAUUCAAUGUCCUUUAAAGCCCUUCACAGCUGGAACCCACAUGUCUCAAGGACCAUCUCCUCGCGUAUGUUCCCCUACACCAACUACAGUCUUCAGACUGCCACUUGCUGGCUGUUCCUCCACUUCAGGUAGCUUGUCUGUCAUCAGCCAGAACCAUUCCUCAUUGCAGCUGCCAUUCUGUGGAAUGGAUUUCCAGACAAGACUAGGAAAGGGCUGUCAUUAGAAAUCAAGAGGCUCAGCAAGACCAUUUUAUUUACCAGGGAUUUGAGUAAGUUAUAAACUGCAGACAUCUUUUUUUUUUGGGGGGGGGGGGGAUUGGAAACUUUAUUAUAUUGAUUUUCAGUUGUAACAUUUUAACAAUCUUUUGUAAGCCACCUUGAGCCACAAGAAAAGGCAGGAUAUAAAUAUUUUAAUCAAUAAAGCAUACAGAAUUUAGCCUCCUGCUGGCACCACUGCAAUCAGCCAUGAAUCCUUCUUACUGCAUUGCAAAUUGUUAAAAGGUAAGAGAGCAAAUUUAGAUGUGAGGUGACUGUACCAUAAAGAUAGGUUUCUGACCAUGCUGUAGGUAUAUAUAACAAAUGCAGUCUCUGGCCUGUGUGGUACAAUGGCUAGAGAGAGCAAGUGUAUAUAGAAGGAGAAUAAGAGUUUGGAUUUAAACCCUCCUUUCUCUCCUGUAAGGAGACUCAAAGAGCUUGCAAACUCCUUUCCCUUUCUCUCCCCACAAUAGACACCUUGUGAGGUAGGUGGCGCUGAGAGAGUUCUCAGAGAACUGUGACUGGCCCACAGUCAACCUGCAGGCUUCGUAUGUUGGAGCGGGAAAACAAAUCUGCUUAACCAGAUAAGAUUCCACCACUCAUAGUGGAGGAGUGGGGGAUCAAACCCGGUUCUCCAGAUUAGAGUCCACCUGCUCUUAACCACUACACCUGAGCAUUAAAUUUAGGCUGAGGACAGAUCUCUCCCUGGGCAGUCCUGGGCAGUCUUUCAGCCUAACCUGUCUCACAGGAUUAUUGCAAAGAUGAAUGGGAUAACACCAUUUGCAUCACCAUCAGCUUGAAGAGCAGCAUGCAAGUGUUAUUAAUAAGUAAUGGAAUGAAUACUAUAUAGCCCUCAUCUGCUAGCAGUAGGCAUGUUUUAGUGGAGUCUAUAACCUGUCAUCAAAAUACACUAUGUCAUAGUUACUUUAUGGUUUUAAUUUACUCCUUCACCUGAGUGGCAGAGGCUUAUCUGGUGAACCAGAUGUGUUCCCACACUCCUACAUUCCUGCUGGGUGACUUUGGGCUAGUCACAGUUCUUUGGAACUUUCUCAGCCCCACCUACAA